CUACUUGGCGUGCGCACCUAGCUAGCCUCGCCAUUUUUAAUUCUUUGUCCUCUCGCUUUCCUGGUGGCUAGGUCUACACGUUAACUACAGUCAAAGUCUUCGAUUUUAUUCCAUCUUCAAACACAGUUUUCAUCAUGGAUUCACAUGCUCACAAUCACAGUUCCCAUGGUUCAGGGGGUGAGCCGGAGCAGAUGCGCAAGAUGUUUUUGGGUGGAUUGAGUUUCGACACUACAGAAGAGUCUGUCAACGAAUAUUUCAAGAAAUUUGGAGAACUCACAGACUGCUGUGUAGUAAGGCACAAAGAUGGUGACCGAAAACCCAGAGGAUUUGGUUUUGUUACUUAUGCCACAUCUGCAUGUGUAGACAAGGUUAUUGAUGCUAAGAAGGACAGUGCUCAUGUCUUGGAUGGAAGAGAAAUUGAUGUGAAGCGUGCUUUACCCAAAGAGGAAGGAGGAAGUAAAGAAUCGACCAACAAAGCAUUUGUUGGGGGUCUUGCACCAGGAACUACAGCAGAGGAUCUCAAGGCAUACUUCACUAAUUAUGGUGUCGUCACAGAUGUAUCUAUUCCACCUUCCACGGAAGGAAAGAAGCGAGUGUUUGGUUUUGUCACAUUUGAAGACUCGGAUACAGUUGACAAACUCAUCAUCAGGCAGAAUUUCCAGAUGAAUGGGCGUAACCUAGAAGUGAAGAAGGCCCAGAACAAAGAUCGUAUGGCACGUGGUGGGUUUCAAGGAGGACGAGAGAGACGAGACUUUGGAGGCAGCUAUGGUGGUGGUGGAGGAGGAGGGUACGGUGGUGGACGUGGGGGAGGCAGCCGUGGAGGUAACCGGACUGGUGGUGGAUACAGGAGUGGAAGCGGAGAUCAAGGUGGCUAUGGAGGUGGUCGUUAUGGUGGUGGAGAUGUUACAGGAGGAUACAGUGGUGGCGGUGGUGGCUACAGUGGUGGUGGAUCAGGAAGCUAUGGCAAUGGUGGUGGCUAUGGAGGCAACUCUGGUGGUGGUUACAAUGACUUUGGUUCAGGCUAUGGUCAACAGAGUUCUGGUGGACCUAUGAGGAGUGGUGGUGGAGGAGGAGGAGGAUAUAGCGGACGCAAUGCUCCAUACUCUGGAGGCUAUGGAGGUGGCAACAGCGGUGGGGGAUAUCAGAGUGGAGGUGGUAACUACAGCAGUGGUGGCAGCACUGGAUAUAGCGGUGGUGGUGGUGGUGGUGGCGGCGGUGGAUAUGGUGGAGGAUAUGGAGGAAACAGUGGUGGCGGUAACCGCAACUACUAGAUCAAUGAUAGGAAACAAGUUGAUUGAUAAGAAGGCGAAUCCAACAACAACCCAUUUGACAGGAAAGCAGAUAUCUCUGAAUAGGCCUCUCUCCUUUUGUUCCUCACGUCUCACUGGCAAAGUUAUUGAAGCAAUAGGACGUCCUCUUGAAGUUUAUUACAGGCAGGAAGUGUACUCACUUCUGCUUAUAUAGGAUUGCAACAAGUUCAAGAACCUUCGAGACACAUAGCAGAUCUUUGAGCUAGCUAGUUUGUUAGCAUGUUACCCCACCGGCACAUGGAACUCAAUAUAGCUCUUAACUACGUCAGACUUUGAAAUACAUUUCUGCUCAAUAGGUGGAAGUAUAAAUGAAUAUUGAAUUACCAGCACGAACAUGCUCCCCAAUGAACUAUUACAAAAGUGUAUUCAACAUGAAUGUGAUAUGACAGAUUGAUUUGCUGCUUUAGCUUAUUCUCAACUGCCAUGUCAUAUUUCUGAUACUUUUCCCCCAUGGUGAAUUAUAAAUGUCCUUUCAAAGACAACAUACUGCCUGAUUUGUUUCCUGACCUUGUAAUUAAUCCCAUUUCUAUAUUUUAAAAACAAUGGCAUCCAUGGUUUCACUUAUAGUAAGUACUAAAGUCAGAUUGUUUGGCAGUAUGUCGCCUCCUGUGCUUGUCGCAGGGAUCGCCCCUUCACCCCCCCCCCCCCCCAAAAAAAAGAAAAAAAAAUACAAUGAUAGCUUUUCCAUGCCCUUGUCAUUUUAUCUUCCUUUUUGUUCAACAAGUUCUGUACAAGCCUUUUUCUUGGAAGUAUCCUAUAUAUUUUAAAGAACAAUGGAAGUAACAUUAAGAAACAAUUUGGGAAGAUCAUUAUACACAAAACCACAUUGCUGAUAUAGAAUAUAUUUCAGGGAAGGAUUUGAUUUUUCUAAACUGACAAUAGUUAUUCCUUGCAACAGCACAGAUGGAGAGGAAACAAUGUUUGCCAUGUUAUGGAAAAAAUGUAAAUAUGUACAGAUUGAAUGUAAUUUUUGUCUCAAAAUCUCCCCCUUUUAUACUCUUGUUCUUUUGUCAUACACAUACAAGUUAUAAUUAUAAUUAUGUCAUCAGAUUUAAAUAAUACCUGAGAAAUUGUUCUUGAAUGAAAUAAUAAAAGUCGAUCAUGUUUGAGUUUAUCGUAAAGAAAUGUGUUGUUCAAUUCAGUUUUGACCGUUUGUGUUACAGUUUCAUAAAACAACCAAAAGACAUAAUUAUCUAGAAUAUCCCUUUCAAGGUUUUGAUGUUGAGGUGUUUCAUAAUGUCUUAUUCUUUGAACCAAUCACCAGUUGAAAUGCAAGCUUUCUUUAUUACCACUCAGAAACCACAAAACAUCAGACCUUGAAAGAUUAAUCCUUUGUCAGGUUGAUUAAAUAUAGAACUUGUGACUGUAAAAUAUUUAAGUGGGUUUUAUUGUAGACAUUCAUCUAGUUUUUAUGUGUAAGUUGUCAUGAACAUUUUGUGUAUCGGUGUUUUUAUUCCAACCAAGUGAUAUGAAUUAAAAGGAGUGUUCUCGUAAAUAGUGAA